CGGUAAAGAAGCCCAGAGAAUGAGACAGAGACAGCCUCCUUCCUUAACACCAAAUAUUCGAUGUGUUACACUCAUGUAACACGGGGAAGGGCUUCGUUCCUGACGCGGAUGCUUGCACGUGUGUGGACGUUUGCACUUUCCUCGCCGCGCGGCUUCCAAGUGUGCAUGUGUUGAGCGCCCAGGCAGAUGGCUGCGCUAACGUUAUCCAGGACUGACAACUUCCUGCACAACUUCUUACAGGAUCGCAGCCCUAGCUCGUCCCCUGAGAGCGGCCCCAACCCGCUCUCUUUCCUGGCCACAACGUGCAGUCAGGCUUGGCAGGUGAGUGGCAGCGUGGGCUCGGAGGGGCCUCAGUUUCCCUAUGAGGGGGCAGUGGCCUCCGCCUCCAGCAUGUUUCAGCUCUGGGGCAACGACAUGGCGCCCAGUUCCGGUCUGAGUGCCCAUCAGAUGGCUUUCACCGUUCCCAAGGUGCAGUUCCCUGGUCACAUGCAAGCCGGACUGGGCUCGCAUGCGCACCAUCACCACACGCACCACCACGAGCUGCCCCUUACCCCUCCCGCCGAGCCAGCCUCCACCUACUCCUUCGAGCUCUCCCCGGUCAAGAUGCUGUCUUCUCAGGCACAGGGUAACGCGCAGUACUACACACAGCACAACGCCGUCAGCCAGAAAUUUCCGGGCUUCCUGCAGAACAGCUCGGCCAGGCCGCACCUGCCCGGAGGUCAGGCGGAGGAGAACCAGCAGUGGUGGAGUCUGCCCCAGAGCAGUGGCGCCGUCCCCGGCCACCACCCCUUCUCCCUGAGCCGGCAGCUGGUCCUGGGCCACCAGCCGCAGAUCGCCGCCCUGCUGCAGGGCACCUCCAAGAGCCUCCUCAGCUCUACACGCCGCUGUCGCCGCUGCAAGUGCCCCAACUGCCAGGCCACGGGGAGCAGCACGGGCAGUGGCCUGGAGUUCGGGAAGAAGAGGCUGCACUUGUGCCACAUCCCAGAGUGCGGCAAGGUGUACAAGAAGACGUCCCACCUGAAGGCUCACCUGCGCUGGCAUGCCGGUGAGCGGCCCUUUGUCUGCAACUGGCUCUUCUGUGGCAAGAGCUUCACGCGCUCGGACGAGCUGCAGCGGCACCUGCGCACGCACACCGGCGAGAAGCGCUUCGGCUGCCCGCAGUGCGGCAAGAGGUUCAUGCGCAGCGACCACCUCUCCAAGCACGUGAAGACCCACCAGAGCAGGAAGGGCCGCGCAGGCCGGUCCUCGCAAAACGAACCGGCGCUUAGCAACAUCAAGAGGGAGUGAGAGGGCGAACGACCGGGAGGGGCGCGGUGCCGCGCUCCCCAGGCUCAGGAAGAGUUCUGGGAUUCAUGUCACCUGAAUGACACUCAUGGGCAGCGAAGCCAUAUUCAAAAGCUCAGUGCAGAUUCUGAGCUGUUUUACUGGCUGUUGGUGAUAGCACCGACAGAUAUAUGGACCUCUGGCUGGAGUUCGAUGCAGUUUAAAAUGCCAAACUGAUUGUGGAGGUCGUGGAUGAACGGCAGUGCAGUACACACACUGCUGUACUCUCAGCGGGUGCUCUGUUGAGCUCUAAGACUCUGUAAAGACUUCAGCUGGUACUUAUUCUCAAUGCAAAGAGGAAUAAAUGUCGCAAAAGGU